AUGGAUCGUUAUGAAUCGGCCCGCCACCUCAUGAAGGCAGCAAAUGUCGACCAGUCUCGAUUGGUGCAGCAAACCAUAUGCCAUCACAGGGAAAAAAACUGGACCAUUUCAGUUUCUUGGGGCUAUUCUGCACAUAUAUACCAGAGAGUUAUGCAUCGGAGUUACUUACAAAAUCCCAUCAAAACGUUUAGUUUAUGGACAAGGAGUCCACACCCUCCAAAUUUUAUGUUCGAUACUAGGAUGCCCUCCAAUGAUCCAUGUGAAGCCCCUCACGUUUUCUUCCUUGAAUCCAUAAAAAGAACACCAAGAAAUGAGAUCUUUACGAGCUACUCUCGUGCAUCGCCUCGUGGGAUUCCAGCUUGUUCAUCAAGUGGAAACCAUACUGCAGAUUUUAUUUCUAAAAUUGAAGUCAUUUCUCCUGCAACAAAACGCCUAGAGAUGGAUAGAUGUGAAUGUUGUGAUAUUGUUCGUGUAGAAGGGACGAAGGCGGAGGUCAAAUUUAGAGAGUGUAUGAUGAACGAGGUCAUAGCCUGA